AUGGACAUUCUAAAAAACCUGACAGUGCUAAUUUAUUUUUUAGAAAGAUUGGUCGAAGAAUCCAAACAUGUUAUAGAAAAUGUUCUAUUUUUUAACAACAAAAAGUUACCUUGUGUGAUAAAACUCAUUUGUGCAGAUGCACCAGCAAAAUCAUUUAUUUUAAAUGUCAAAGGAUAUACCGGGUACUCAAGUUGUACAAAAUGCUGGGAUGAAGGUGAAUAUUAUGAACGAAGAAUUUGUUUUUCAGAUAAAGCAGGAAAAGACAGAACGGAUCAUGAUUUUUUUUUUAAAGAGUGA